AGAAUAUAUUGAUUCACGAAGUGUUCCCCGAUGGCCUCGAUUGGGGUGACAGUAUGCCAGUGCGGGUGUUCCGAACUGGACACCGAUCCCGCCCGCGGGGAUGUGGUGUGUACCAAGUGUGGCACUGUGUUGGAAACUUCGUUGAUCGUGUCCGAAGUGCAGUUUGAAGAAUCUGCGAGUGGUGUCGCCUCUGCUGUGGGCCAGUUCGUGUCCGGCGAUGGACGUGUUGGCAAAUCCUUGCCCGGCUUAUACACUGGCAUGAGCAAAGUUUCAAGGGAGCUGACGUUCAGAAACGCGAAGAGAAAAAUUAGCCAGUUGUGUAGUGCCAAACUGCAACUAAACCAGCAUUGCCAAGACACGGCGUUCAACUUUUUCAAGAUGGCGUUGCACAGAAGACUGACUGCCGGAAGGAAGAACGAUCUCGUGGUUGCUGCCUGCAUCUACAUCACAUGCAGGACCGAAGGAACUUCGCGUGAGUCUCAAUUUUUGUCUUUUUUUUUUUUUAUGUCUCACGCGUGUUGUUUCUGUGGCUCAGAUUUGCUGAUCGAUUUCUGUGAUACUCUGAAAGUUGGCGUUUAUGAGUUGGGACGAACGUUUUUGAAGCUUUCCUCGGAGCUCCACAUCAACAUACCGGCCAUUGAUCCCUGCUUGUACAUCCUGAGAUUUGCUCAUAAACUGGAAUUCGGUUCGAAAACCCACAAAGUUUCCAUGACUGCGUUGCGGUUAGUGCAACGAAUGAAACGGGACUGGUUGCACACAGGAAGACGGCCAUCGGGGGUCUGUGGAGCUGCGUUACUUUUGGCUGCACGAUUACACCAGUUCAAUCGCACUAUCGUCGAUAUUGUGAAGAUCGUGAAAGUGCAUCAGAGUACUGUUAGGAAACGGUUGCUUGAGUUUGGUGAGACACCAACUAGCUCAUUGACACUAAACGAAUUCAUGACUGUCGACUUGGAAGAAGAACAGGAUCCACCGGCUUUCAAAGCCGCAAGACGGAAGGACAAGGAAGUCAAUCCCCCGGACGUUAGUAGCAAAGAAUUCCUGGAGCUGCAAGGGCAAAUUGAAAAGCUUUUGGCUGACGGGAAACGUCGUUCAUCCACCUGGGAAUCGUACAUGUCGGACUUGGAGCGAAGUGCAGAGCAGGAAAACCGAGACAUCAUGGAGUUCAUCACCGGGGAAACGCGGGAAAGCAUUUCGAAUAUAAUUGGCGAGGAAAUUGGCGGUGUCGAUAAGAAGUUGAUACAACCAGCAAUACCUGCUGACGAGGACGACUGCAAGCGGCUAACCAGUGCUGGUGGAUUAGGUCCGUCGCUCCAGAUGUUGGGAUUGUUGCCGUCGAAGAGUGAAACCGAUGCUGGGAAUGAAAACGUGCCAUCUGGUGGUGCUGAUGACGGAAUUCUCGAAUUG